AUGGCAAAGCGACUUGCAUCAGAAGCUCUCGAGGAACUUCUCGACAUCGCUUCGCCCGCCUCGAAGAGAUCGAGAAUCGGCGAGAUUAGCGACGAGAGCCCAAGCCCCGUCGAGAAUGGUAACGCGACAGGCAACGGAGCAGCCCAUGGAAAUGGUGUCGCGAACGGCGGAGAUGAAGAUUUCGAAGACGAGAUAGAGGAGAAGGCUCCCAUUCGCCAGUCGGCGCCGACAGCAGGUUAUGACGACCUGUACCUCGACACCAUCGAUCGCAAUGUACUGGAUUUCGACUUCGAAAAGCUAUGCUCAAUCUCGCUCUCCAAUAUCAAUGUCUACGCAUGCCUUGUAUGUGGAAAGUACUUUCAGGGGCGCGGGCCGAAAUCGCAUGCCUAUUUCCAUGCGCUGGACGAGGGCCAUCAUGUCUUCAUCAACAUGGAGACGCAGAAGGUGUACGUCCUACCCGAGGGCUACGAGGUCACGAGCAAGUCGCUCGACGACAUCAAGUACGUUUCGGACCCGCGAUAUACCAAGCAAGAGGUGGCAGAAUUCGAUCGCAAGCCGAGGACGAGCUGGACGCUGGCAGGCAAGGAGUACACGCCGGGUUUUGUGGGGAUGAACAACAUCAAGGAGAACGACUAUCUCAACGUCGUGGUGCAGGCUCUGUCGCAUGUGCCACCGCUGAGGAACUACUUCCUGCUCGAGGACUUCAAGUCAAGGCCAGAGCUAGCGAAGCGGACGAGCAUCCUGUUCAGGAAGAUUUGGAACCCGAGGGCGUUUAAGUCGCAUGUGUCGCCCCACGAGCUGCUUCAGGAGAUUUCAUUACGGUCUAAUAAGCGCUUCACUUUGACUGCGCAGUCUGACCCUGUUGAAUUCCUGAGCUGGUUCCUCAACAAUCUCCACUUAUCACUGGGCGGAAGUAAGACAAAACCGGGAAGCAGCAUGGUGCAGAGGGUAUUCCAAGGGAAAUUGAAGGUGGAAUCCCAAGCGAUCACAGCAAAGGCAGACGUGGGGGAUCGAUUACGCUUCGAAGAGGCUGCAGAGGUGAAGGUCGAGAUCAACCGCUUCCUCCUGCUGACCCUGGAUCUGCCUCCGGCGCCCCUGUUCCAAGACGAGCUAGAGCGGAACAUCAUCCCCCAGGUCCCUCUCACCACCAUUUUAUCAAAGUAUGACGGCGUGUCGGCGCAGGACCACCUGGCUCAGAGGAAACGUUACCGACUCAUGCACCCCUUGCCGCCAUAUCUCAUACUGCAUGUCAAGCGAUUUAGUCAGAACAAGUUCGUGUCGGAGCGCAACCCCACCAUCGUCACUUUCGACGCGCGGAACCUGGACGUGUCGCCGUACGUCGAGCCAGACCCCAGCGCUCAUCCGCCCGGGGAGCCAAUCUGGUAUGAUCUAGUAGCCAACGUCGUACACGAGGCUGUCAGGGCCAAGGAGGACGUGGCAGACACGGGUGAGGAGAGGAAGACGUGGAAGGUGCAGCUACACGACCGCGCGAGGGAUGAGUGGGUUAUUUGCCAGGACCUGUUCGUGGACAAGAUCCAGAACGAGCUCCUCUAUCUGGGCGAGACCUAUCUGCAGGUCUGGGAGAGGAGGAGAGAUACAAAAGGAAAGGGAAGGGCAUAG